UUCGUUGUAGUGGUUGGAAUCGGUAUAUCUCAGCGGAAGAAAAGUUGUUCCGUAACAACAUCAGCCGUCGACUCUUCCCUCGAGCAGCCAUGAUCCCGCUACCAUUCACCACACGAUAGAGGCAAUCUCCACUUCAAUCCAAGAACUAGGCAUCUCGGGGUCGAGAUCUUACAUAUCAUGGCUCGCGGUUUUCUUAAAGCAGCCAAUGCCGCAUCGAACGUGGUUGCCGUUCAUCAGAAAUACACUGUUCAAUCCACCGGAAUAUGGGAACGUCUUCGCCGCCUCCUUUCUAUUGAUCCCAACCGCUCGACCGGUAUUCCAUUAAACGCUCAAUACCGUCUUCCUACGCCUGGGGCUUUGCCUCCGCUAUCUUACGAUGAUCCCGUAACCAUCCCAGCGGGUGACAUUGCCGAUAAUCCUUACUGGAAGCGGGAUGUUCGGAGGAGCUACCCCAAGCUCAGUACCGUGAACCAGGCAGAUGCCGUGGGUCUUCUAAGCGUUGGUAGCAAGGCAGCGCCAAAGGAUGAUGUUCUGCAGAUUGGCGAAGCGGGCGCAAAGCAAUUGGUCGAUGUCAAGCAGCAGGGAGAGGAACGCGGCUUGGCUGCUCUCUUUGAAAAGAACCAGAAAGGUGUCCAGGGUGUCCUGAGUACCAGUGGCUUGCCGCCAUUGCCUUGCAACCUCAGUUCGUCGACAUCGAAGUAUGAACUUGGUGAUGACCAUGGCUAUCCUGAUGUGUAUGCCCCAUCGUCGCCCCCGGCCUUUUGGCGUUUGCUGACAUUUGUAAAAAGGUACCCUUGUCGAACUUUUGUUUAAGCUGUGAUAAAAUAGCCUAGAAUCAAUCUCAUUCUGCUUGCCCUACCAGUAUAUCUGUCUUACCGCAAGUUGUUCUUAUUGGGCAAGAUUGCCUCAGGGGAGGCCGCUGGUUUUAAAGCUCGGUGGAUAUACGCGUGCUGGCACCGUAUAUAAAUUUAUCUACGCGGAUGUCAUGUACUCUGUGUGAUGAUCUACCCCGUAUAAAGAGACUGAUUCUAGGAUGACUUUCUAGAAUACUAGUAUUCUGCCAUAUGGUGCAGCGGUAAGGCCCAGAAACGCUCCUCAGCUGUUGAGCUAUGAUACUCUGUGCAUCCUGCUAGAAUACACAGGUGUACAUUAUAAAAAGUAUAUAUGUACAAUAUAAGUCUUAUGGGAAAAGAAAGAGAAGUGUGCCCAAGUUAUUACCUACGCAAUGUAUUGCAGCCUACCAGUAGUUACAGCCUACUAUUAUCCAAU